UUGGUAACUGCGCUCAGAUGAGUGCAGGUAAACAGCGGGAUCUGUUCAGCUCUCAGCGGCUCGUCGAUCUGUUGUUCUCCUUCUCUCUCUCUCUGGAUGGAUGGAUGGAUGGAUGGAUGGAUGGAUGGAUGAUUACUGGAUGGAUGAAGAGAUGAAGAUGUGUGUGAGGAGAGGAUGAGAUGAGAGGAGAGGAGGAUGUGUGAUGAUGAGCUGAUGGACGCCGCGGCUCCUCACACUGCGCAUCCCGACAUGGAGAUGGAAGAUGCGGAUGGAGAUGAAAACCUGUCGCUGGGGCAGAUCCUGUUUCUGUACGAUCAGCCCAUAAAUGAGGAGCAGGCAUGGGCGGUGUGUUACCAGUGCUGUAGGGAUCUAUCUGAGAACCUGAGCUCGGGUUCGGAUCAGGCCGGGAUCAUCAGAGGACCUGAAGAUGUGAGGAUUAAUAAAGAUGGAACUGUUCGGAUACAAAGAUCUGCAGGUAAAGAGCGUCCAGCGUCUUCAUCCGUUACGCGGGUGAUCGAGUCUCUGGGCAUCAUGAUCUACAAGGCUCUGGACUUUGGGCUGAAGGACAACGAGGAGCGAGAGCUCAGCCCUCCACUCGAGCAGCUCAUCGACCUCAUGACCAAUGCUGGCGAGCUGAACUCCGACCCCUGUCCCGACGAGGGCUACGAGGCCACCGAGGACGAAGAGGAGGACGAGCUCGGCCAGGGCGGCGGAAUUCGACGCUAUCGGGACGUCCUCAAGCUGUGCGCGUCUCACCUUCCGAGCCCGGCCGACGCCCCUGAUCACUACCAGGCGGUGUGCCGCGCCCUAUACGCUGAAACCAUGGAGCUGCGUACCUUCCUGGAGAAGAUCAGGAGCGCUAAAGAGAACCUGCGCAGGAUGGAGGGCGAUUCCGUGGAUUCAGCCCAAGAGCUGACCGAGCUUCAGAGCGCAGACUGGGCGCGGUUCUGGGUGCAGGUGAUGAGGGACCUGAGGACCGGCGUGAAGCUGAAGAAGGUGCAGGAACGUCAGUACAACCCUCUGCCUUUCGAGUUUCAGCUCACACCCUACGAAAUGCUGAUGGACGACAUCCGGGCUAAACGCUACAUGCUGCGCAAGGUCAUGGUUAAUGGAGAUAUUCCUCCUCGGUUAAAGAAAAGCGCCCAUGAGGUCAUCCUGGACUUCAUCAGGUCCAGACCUCCUCUCAAUCCUGUAUCAGCCCGUAAGCUGAAGCCUCAGGUGGAACGACCCCCGAGCCUACACGAACGGAUCCUGGAGGAGAUCAAAUCGGAGAGGAAGCUCCGGCCGGUGUCACCUGACCAGAUUCGUCGCAGCAGGAUGGAUAUCUCGACCCCAGAAGGAGCGAAGAAGGCCUCCAGCUCGCUGUCCUUAGCUAACGGCUCAUCGCUUCAGAAAAACGGUGCCGGCGGCACUCAGAGGAAGAGGCUUCACGCUCCCACCCUCGCCGAACUGACCAGCUCCGACUCGGACGAUGAGACGGCAGGUCAGAGGUCAGCCAGCAGCUCCAGCAUGUCCACCCCCAACGUGGAGGACACAUCGCCCGAGUCCACCGUAGGAAAGAAGACCCCUCCCAUGUUCCUGCCCAUCUCGUCCACGCCGCAGCCCGAGAGGAAGCAGCCGGCUCAGCGGAGGCACUCCAUAGAGAAGGAGACGCCCACCAACGUGCGCCAGUUUGUCCCUCCGUCCCGCCAGAGCUCCAGAUCCCUGGAGGAGUUCUGUUUCCCGGUGGAGUGCUUGUCUCUGACGGUGGAGGAGGUGAUGCACAUCCGACAGGUUCUGGUUAAAGCCGAGCUGGAGAAGUUCCAGCAGUACAAAGACGUCUACAACGCACUGAAGAAAGGAAAGCUCUGCUUCUGCUGUCGGACCAAAAGAUUUUCCUUCUUCACCUGGUCGUAUACCUGCCAGUUCUGCAAAAGACCCGUGUGUUCACAGUGCUGUAAGAAGAUUCGGUUGCCCUCUAAACCGUACGGUAGUUUACCCAUCUACUCUCUGGGACCGUCCACCUCCACGCUAUCACGGGACAAAACAGAAAAGACCAGCACAAGCCAGCGGCGACCAAGCCUGCACCGCACCAUGAGCAGGUUGUCCAGAUCGUCCCGCCAGUCCCCGUCCCCGUCCUCGCGCGAGGACCUGGAGCUCCCCCGGGACCUGACGGAGGACUGGAGCACCAUGGAGGUGUGCGUGGACUGUAAGAAGUUCAUCUCGGACAUCAUCUCGUCCAGCAAGCACAGCAUGUCCCUGGCCACCAAACGCGGCCGGAUGAAACUCAAGACCCGCUCGUUCGUGGCGCCCUCGUCCAGCAGCAGCGAGUACAGACCCUCGGAGAGGACCAUUCACGAGGUCUGAGGGCUGAAAUGACCAGAACGUGACCAUGUGGUCACCGGAACAACGUUUCUGUUCAGAUGUUCGUUGUAUGUGAAUUGUCACGUGAAUCAGUCCAUCUGAAUGACAGAAUGCUUUUAUUUCUUUAUAUUGUGUGUGGUCAGUAGUUUAACUGAAGCACACAUGACUCUGAAUGACUGAAGCCACUGCACCGGGGCGGAUCUGCGUUUGCUGGACGUGUAAAUAGAUUUUCGUUUUAUUAUGGUUUAGAGGUUCAGGUGUACAGCUCAGAGUAUCAGACCGGAUUUAUUUUUAUAUGAAUCGUGAUGUGCUGACGUGGCCACUGAUGUGAGGUCCUGUAGAUCCUGUAGGUCCUGUAGAUCCACUCCGGUCCAGUGCUCUUAGUAGAUCUAAACACAUAUCAGAGGUAUAGGACUCUCAGUUUUGGGUGUCGUGACACCAGGGCUUCUCUAAAAGCACAAAUUACUCAAAUUUAAAUAUUGAGAUGGCAUGUACUUGUAGAAAACCCUCCUGUAAUA